UCAUAAUGCUGCUGCACAGUCAGCUGUUAUUUGUUUUGUUAUGUGCGUUCCUUCUGGUUUGGUACAUUUUUGCAUUAAUUCAAUCUUCCAAUAACAUAAAUCUUUUAGAUAGUGUCAAAAUUAUCGCGCUGCAAUAAUUCGGUUUAAAUCUUAUUUUAAAUGUUUAUUUACACAAAAUAAAGUGUGUCAAACAAACUUGUACCUCGUCCCAAUGCUUAUAUAAUUUGUAGUUAAAUAAAGAUAUGUUGUUUCUCUUAAAUUCUGUGGGAAUCAAAAACCAACACCAACUCCUGCAUUCAACAUGGCCAAAUACCAUUUGGCGGCAUAUAAGCACAGAACUUACAAACGCUUUGCGUCCAUUUUAUUUUGCCGUGCAUCCAGAUCUAUUUGGACAGCAUCCAGUACAACGUAAUGUUAAUGAGAAUUCAUUGAAGCUGUUGAGUGCACACAUGGAGUCACUAUGUGAACAAAAAUAUCAUGCUUUGUAUGAAACUAAAACGUUACAGUUCUAUAUACGUGAUGGUAAUGCUACAAAACGUGAUACCUUCAAAUUGAUCAAGGUAACAUUGGAUCGCAAUACAAAGGAUCCAAAAAUGGUGGUACAACGUUUGUUGGAAUUAUGUAAUCUGCCAACGGAUUAUGUUAAAAAAAUAAAAUCAAUGCCGGUGACGGCAGCUGCUAGAGCAACGACAAACGCUUCAGGUUUUUCAUAUGCCACAAGUCCAUUUAAAGGUGGUGGCGAUUUCAACUAUGGAACACAGUUCUCGUCAUUUGAAAACGCUUUCUACCAAACAAAAGAAGAAGAAAAGAAAACAUUGGACUCAUGGCUAAAGAAAAAUGCACCGUUGGCUAAGGUGCGCUCAGCUGAGUUGGAUGACCUGAAAGAGGAGGUGAAAAAGUUACAACAAGCUGUAACAAAGCGUUUGCAACUGAAGGAUAUACGUUACGAUUGUGGUUGGAAUUAUGAGCAUUUUCGUGGUUGUUUAAAAUCUUUGGAACGCAUGACUGACCUGCACUCCAAUGCAAUGGGUACGUUAAGAAAUCGUAUAUUAGUUUUUGCACCAUUCACUGGUGUGAGCUUAGAGGGGCACAUUAUGUUGUUUACCGGCGAUGUGCUGACAAGUUGGAUCGAUUUCAUUAAGAACAUUCCACAACAUGAUGAGUUUUUAAAGCGCAUCCCGCUCUAUGAGAAUACGCUCUCACAAGUUUUGCGUAAUAUAAAAAUUGGACGUAGAAAAUUUAUGCCCAAGCAGCAGGCACGAGAAUAUGCAGCGCAUUUGAAUAAGGUGACAACGACACUCGGCGAUUAUCUGACUGUCAAUAAAUAUCCAAAGUCAUGGCCGGCUACACUAGCCGACUAUGAAAUAGUGGUGGAAUCAGAGGCUGGUCCUUUAAUGGUGAAUCCCACGGGUCAAUUGAUAGCGCCAGCAACAUGCCCGGGCUUCAUGUUAAUCGAUUUUAUUACCAUCAACUUGGAUUUGGCUAAAGAACGCACCGAAAAAUAUCAAACACAAAAAACUGUGGAGCUACAAAUGACGGCACAAUGUAUACAAAAAUUACGUUUACACACCUUGACCAAAGAUGAUUCCGUUACGCCAGACAAAAUGAUAGAAACGAUGCAUAAACUAUUAAAAUACGAUGAUAAACAAUUUCGGCAACUAAAUUUGCACAUAACAAAUUAUUAUUCGGUAUUGACGGACGGUAUUGUGUGCAUACCCUGGGAUUUUUCGCCGAGUUAGCACACAAAUUAAUAUGUAUUAAUGCGCCAAAAUUCAAACUAAAUUAAUUUUAACGAUAUGUGUAUGUAUUUAUAUAAAUAUUUGCAUGCGUUACCUCAAUAGUUAAUGAUCACUUUAUAGCAAAUGACGACUGUGCCUAAAUAAAAACCAAACGAUUUCUACUGUAUCGAACAUUAAGAUAAAAA